AUGCAAAACCUCUGCCCACCUUUGAAUAACAGCGUCAUUGAGAAUCGAAAAAGCUCUGGCCAUGGAAACAGCAACAGUUCAGCAGUCCUGAAGAGCAGUUUAGAGAAGUCCAGUCACAACAGGUCUUCGAAUCAGGUGGGAGGUCUGUCAGAUUCUGGUCGCAAUUCACUGACCAGUUUACCCACCUAUGGGACUGGUUACAGCCAGCACGUUGGCCCAAUGAGUGCGUCGACAAGCCAUAUAAACCGCAUUGGGACCACCUAUGUAGAGAAAAAUAUAGUAGGAUAUAAUGGAAUAUCUACCUCAGAUAGUGGACGAUCUUCCAGUAAGAGCACCUCUUCUUUCAGCCGGCUGAAUGAUGACAUCAUACAAGACUUGGAAGACCGACUGUGGGAAAAGGAACAGGAGGUGAUACAAAUGAAAAGGAACUUAGACAAAAGUGAGGCUGCCAUUUUCCAGGUCUUCGAAGAGAAGCAGAAGAUCUGGGAACGUGAAAUGGAGGACCUGCGACAGAACUAUGCCAACAAACUUCAGCAAGUGUCUAAGAAAGCACAGAGGGCCCAGCAGGCAUUGCAACUGCAAAUCUUCAAGCUGCAGCAAGAGAAGAAAAAGCUUCAAGAUGAUGUUGCACAGCUGCUUCAAGAACGGGAGGAACUGGAGAAAAAAUGUAUGGCUUUCAAGAAAGAGCAGUCGGAGUUUCUCCCAAAAAUUGAGGAGACCAAGUGGGAGGUUUGUCAGAAAGCUGGUGAGAUAUCAUUGCUAAAGCAACAGUUGAAAGAUUCCCAGUCUGACGUAGGUCAGAAACUUAAUGAGAUAGUAGGCCUAAGAACACAACUAAAAGAAGCAAAGUCCUUUCUGAGAGAGAAGGAGGACCAGAUUGCCUCCAUUAAGGAUUCAUAUAGCUCAAAGAGUGUCAGCCUUGAGAUCUGUGAGAGCGAGAUGCAGAGGAAACAAAGCGAGGCUCAACAAAUGAAAGAGAAGCUUAGCCAAUGCGAGCAAGAGAUUGCAGACCUAAAGGAGGUUUUAUCAAAUGUAGGUCAGAACCCGUACACCCAAGAACUCAAUGAAAAAGUGAGAGACACUCUUUGCGAGAGUGAUGAGGCCAAGAUGAAACGCCAGAGUGAGGACAUUGUAGCGAGUCUAAAGAAAGACAUAGAAAAACUCCAGAUAGAAUUAGCCCUAGAGAAACAACAAAGGGAUCAGCUGAUUUUGGACUUUGAGGAGGAAAAACGUACUUGGCAAGAGGAGAAGGAGAAGGUGAUAAAAUACCAGAAACAGCUACAGCUCAAUUACGUUGAGAUGUAUCAGAAAAAUCAACAACUGGAGCAAAGGAUCUGUGAGGUAAAUACAAAGGUCACAACACCACCAGCUGAGGACAAGAAAGCUUGGACACCAUCUAGGUUGGAGAGGAUAGAGUCCACCGAAAUAUGA